CCCAUCCUCACCGGCUCUCUCCCCUCUUGAAGUGUGGAUUCUAUCGCAUUAUCGCAUCUGUGAGUCAGACUUGACUGCCUAUUCAUCCCUUGUCUUGCUUCUCUUCUCUUGCCUGACUGACUGACACCGCUGCCACCACCAACCACCAUGCGGACCCUCUCCCUCGCCAUCCUGACACUCUCCCUCUGCUUAUGCUGCAUCGCCGGUGAGCAGCGUGAGACAAGCACAGACAAGCACACAUGCAUCGGCAUCCCGCACAUCUGUGCCUGUGUGUGUGUGUGUGUGUGUCCAGAUGCGACGUCCCUCCGUCGCACCCAGGGAGCCGAGGCAGGGAGCGGUGGGUACAGCGCCGACCGCAUGCCCGACCCUGCAGAGGCAGCCGAGGCAGCCCCCGUCCCUGAGGUGGUCGAUGUCCCGCCUGAAGGCGUCGAGGAGAUCCCUGCCCCAGCCAACGUGACAGCCAACGCCACUGCCGCAGAGGAGAUCCCCAUGGCCCUCCCCGCUGAUCCCGCAGCCCAGCCUGUCGACCCCGCAGCUGGAGGCGGCACUCGCCUGCGUCGUCUGCAGGCAGCGGGAGCCCCCCCUCCCCCACCGGCUGCUCAGGUCCUUCAGGAGGAGCCGGGCGCCAACCAGACGGCAGCCAACGCCACCGAUAGCGCUCUCGGUGAAGAUGGACAGACCAGGCGUCUGCAAGACAUGUCGGCGGCUGGUGAGACGAGCAUCCCGGAAGUGGCGCAGAACCUCACCACCAACACCACCGGCGCGACCAGACGUCUGCAGGAGACAGGGGCUGCCGGAGUGCCGGUGGGGGCUCCUGAAGCAGUGGAGGCAGCCAACAUGACCAACGUCACCGACCCGGCCAUGGGGGUGCCAGCGGACGGCAGCACCAGGCGUCUGCAGCAGGACUUGAGCACUCUCCCGGCUGAGCAGACGCCAGUGGAGGCCAACGUGACCGCCAAUGCCACCGAGGGCACCACAGAGGGCGGCGUGAGACGCAUGCAGGACCCGGUGGUGCCUGGGGAAGCACCAGUGGACCCAGCCGUCAACGAGACAGCCAUCAACACCACCGUCGAGGGGGCUCCGGGCCAGGGCGGCGUGAGACGCAUGCAGCUGCCGGAGCCCGCACAGGAGGCCGCUGCCGAGCCUGCAGCUGAAGGCGUUGAGGGCGAUGUGCCGGCCGGCGAGGAGGCAGCCAACGUGACAGCGGUGGGGCCCGUCCCGGUUGUGGAGCCCAUCAACGCGACAGAGCUCGAGGAAACGGCGCCCGAGAUUGCCGACGAGGUCAGCGAGGCCAUCAACCCGGCGGAGGCCGAGGAGGCAGCGGAGGGCGGCGAGAGAGUCCGACGCCUUCGUCGCCGCGUGCAGAGCUACAGCGACACGAGCAUCCCUGCAGCUGAGCAGCAAGUGCCGGAAGUGGCGCAGAACAUCACCAACACCACCGGCGCGACCAGACGUCUGCAGGAGACAGGGGCUGCCGAAGUGCCGGUGGGGGCUCCUGAAGCAGUGGAGGCAGCAAACAUGACCAACGCCACCGACCCGGCCACGGGCAUGCCAGCGGGCGGCAGCACCAGGCGUCUGCAGGACUUGGGCACGCUCCCGGCUGAGCAGACGCCAGUGGAGGCCAACGUGACCGCCAAUGCCACCGAGGGCACCACAGAGGGCGGUGUGAGACGCAUGCAGGACUUGGGUGGGGCCGCUCCCCCACCCCCUGAGGCCAACGUGACGACCAACAUGAGCGACGCAGCCGUCCAGCCCCCUGAUGCCGGCACGAGGCGCAUGCAGACGGUGGGUGGUGCUGAUGCUGCGCAGCAGCAGGCCGGGUACGUGGCGGCAGAGGAGCAGGCCAUGGCCAACGUGACCAACGCCACUGACCCGGUCAGCCAGGGCGGCACCAGGCGCAUGCAGGACAACAUGGGCGGGGUGAUGGAGAUGCCCGUCAACGAGACCAACACGACCACCGAAGGCCAGAUGGGCCAGGGCCAGGGCGGGAUCAGGCGCCGCCGACUGCAGACGUGUGAGUGUGGACACGACACACAGCCGACAUACAUGGGUGUGGGGUGCAUGGUUGUAUGUAUGUCCGUGUGUGCGCGUGUGUGUUCAGUCGAUGGUGCUGAGGGUCCUGAUGCUGCCGGCACCGAGAUGCGUGAUGACAGCCUCGGCUAUGAUGCCGCCCAGACCGAAGACCAAGCAGGUACCGUACCACGUGAGGCGGUGCACCCCACGCAGAAUCACGCUUGACAAUGGAUGUCUCUUGUCUGUGGCCUCCGUCAGAGUCGGUGUCCGGCGGAGUGCCACAACAGGGGACUGAGGUGGGUGCUGGUGCUGCUGGCGCUGGUGCCGGAGAGGAGGAUUUCCCCACCGCUGAAGAAAUCACUCCCGCACCCGAAGGUCAGUCACGCACUCCCGUCCGUCUGGACAUCACAUCUGUCUCCGCGCACUCAUCCCUGUAUGUCUGUCCCCGCCUGUGUGUCUGCAGAGGUUCUGGCUGAGCCUGAGCAGCAGGUACCCGGAUUCCUCGAGGGCGAGCUCGUUGGUGGACCUGACAGCGAAGCCCGCACUGGUGGAGAGUAGACAGACAGACCCGUGGUAUGUCGUUUUGUUUCGUUCCGUGUCGUGGCGUGAGCGGUUUUACAUAGGUGUUUGCUUCAAUCAACGUGUGCGUGCAGAUGUGUGUGUGUGUGUGUGUGUGUGUUUGGCUGACUGACUGACUGACUGCAUGGAUGGAUGGACACCGACAGACCGACCGACGAGUGCGUUUUUUCCACACGGACGUGCGCGCCCUCUUGAAUGACAUGCGGGCACACGUGUAUGGCUGGCUGCAUGUGUUGUGGUCAAGCGUGCCUGUGUGUGAUUGGUGUGGGGGGGCGGAGUUGGGUGGGGUGAGCGCAGCCAUGCGGACACGCAUCGCAUCGGUCGACGUGUCCGUUCUGUUUUGCCGGCAUGUGUGCGCCUUCCUUCACUCGAUGGAAUCGGUUGCGGGGCGUUUUUUCGCUGCACACACACACGCGCACACAUUGUCACGCAUUUUGCCAUGACCUCACUAACUCACUGCAUGGUGUUGUCAUUCGUUCUGCUUCACGUGCUGGUUGCUUGGUUCAUCCACACAACUUGCUGCAGGCUGGGCAUUUUGUACAUACCCAUGGAUGCGAAGUCAGUCAUGUUAGUUACACGCCCACCCGACCGACCCAUAGACGUGCCUUGCUCGAUGGCUCGAUGGCCUGAUUGCUCGAUUGAGCACUUUUGACACACCGUGGCCUGCCUCCCUCCGUGGUUUGAUCAUCAUCCAUCCACUCACCACUCACUCGCUGCCUGGCUCACUUUUGGCCGCCGAAUCGAGCGUUGGCUGAGCGUUUAUUCAGUUUCUUCUCGUUGGCUUCGUCUGUGUGUGCACUCAUCACUCAUCGGAGAAGACAGGGAGGGCAUGCACGUGACUUCGGCGCACACAGACAGACAAUGACGG